GCGAGGAAGGUUAGAGGAGGUUCAUGACGCUCAGAUAAAGCGAUCUCACUCCGGAUCAUUUUCUUAAAUUCGAGGUGGGAAAGGAACACGAUGUUCUCACUUGACUAACGCCGAGAUUUGGGGAUAUUCAUUCACUUUGACUCAUGUCUGCGGACGGAAGCGCGGCAGCGGAGUGAAGCGUUCCCCGGACUUGGUGCACCUGAGGCGGCGUCCGCUUCCAGCUCGCCGCCGACAUGACUCUCGGCGCGGUGUCCGCCGCCGCUGGCUCGCCGGCGGUCAGCUUCUGCUCCUGCUGCGGGGCCAAGAUGGUACCAUGCUUCGGCAGCAACGCGGUGGUGGCGAACAAUCGCAUCAACCAGUUUAUCAGUGAGAGCUUCCUCACAGUGAAAGGUGCAGCGCUGUUCCUGCCCAGAGGAAACAGCCCCACUCCGACCUCAGCCCCCCGCAUCAGCAGGAACAAGCACACAGGUGACCUCCAAAAACACCUUCAGACUAUGUUCACUGUGCUCCGGCCAGAGGACACGAUUAAACUGGCUGUUCGUCUGGAGAGUGCGUACGCUCAGGUAACCCGCUACAUGGUUGUUGUCUCGACCAAUGGCAGGCAGGACACUGAGGAGAGCAUUGUACUUGGCAUGGACUUCUUUUCCACUGAUAGCUGCUGUACAGUGGGUCUGGUUCUACCUCUUUGGAGCGACACUCUCAUCCACUUGGAUGGAGACGGUGGAUUCAGCGUGUCGACAGUAAACAGGGUUCAUGUCUUCAAGCCAGUUUCAGUGCAGGCCAUGUGGUCAGCACUCCAGUCGCUCCACAAGGCUUGCGAGGUGGCUCGCUGCCAUAACUACUACCCCGGCAGCCUCUUCCUGACCUGGGUCAGCUACUAUCAGAGCCGCAUCUCUUCCAACCAGUUCUGCAUCAACGAAUGGAACGCCAUGCAGGAUGUCGAGUCGCACCGGGCCAACUCACCGGUUCUUUUCGCCGACUUGCCCACGGAGAGGGAGCGCACGGAGCGGCUGAUCAAGAUGCGGCUCAGAGAGAUCAUGAUGCAGAAGGACCUGGAGAACGUCACCAGCAAGGAGAUCCGCACAGAGCUGGAGAUGCAGAUGGUGUGUAACCUGAGGGAGUUCAAGGAGUUCAUAGACAAUGAGAUGAUCGUCAUCCUGGGACAAAUGGACAGCCCCACUGAAAUAUUUGACCACGUCUACCUGGGAUCCGAGUGGAACGCCUCCAACCUGGAGGAGCUGCAGAACAGCGGGGUGCGCUACAUUCUGAAUGUGACGAGGGAGAUCGACAACUUCUUCCCUGGAAUGUUUGAGUACCACAACAUCCGCGUGUACGACGAGGAGGCCACCAACCUGCUGGAGUACUGGAAUGAAACGUACAAGUUCAUCACCAAAGCCAAAAAAGCCGGAGCCAAGUGUCUGGUCCACUGUAAGAUGGGCGUCAGUCGCUCUGCUUCCACGGUCAUCGCCUAUGCCAUGAAGGAGUACGGCUGGACUUUAGACGCUGCUUUCGACUACGUGAAAGAAAAAAGAGCUGUCACCAAACCAAACCCUUCCUUCAUGAAGCAGCUGGAGGAGUAUCAGGGGAUUCUGCUGGCCAGCAAACAAAGACACAAUAAGCUAUGGCGGUCACAUUCGGACAGUGACCUCUCAGAUCGUCCGGAGCCCAUGUGCAAAGCUUCACCUCACGUUCUGGGCCGUUCGGCGUCUCACUGCAACAACAACAACUCCUCCCCCUCCCUGCAUCACUUCCUGGGCGUGGCCGUGCUCCAAGCCCUCGGUGCUGAGCCCGAAGACUCCGCCAAAGACUCCUCCUGCGAGUCACCGGGUGAAGAGGAGGUCACGUCGGAGUGUGAGGACCCCCUCCUGGCUGCCUUGCCCCGGCCCAAAGCAGCCACUCUUGUCCCAGAGGAUGUGGUGGACAAUGCAGCAAGCGUGGCUGUCACAGUGCCUGUUCCUGUCCCCCACCCUCCCCCAUCCCUCCACAUCCUCCCCCCGACUCCUGAACUCCAGCGUGCGCACAGGGGCACUCUCACCGGGGUCUGCUCCGCUCACAAGCCCCUGGUACUGUCGCCGGUCUUUUCAGAGCAGAGCAGCACCGAAGAACAGUCCCCCAUCACCCCCGGACCUGCAGACUCGGCUUCAGACACAGCAGAAUCGUCAUUGCUGGACACUCCCAGUGAGAAGCCUUCAAGUCUCUCUGACGCUCUGCCCCUUCAUGCCAGCGACAACAACAACAACCCCAGCGAGACGGACCCUCGAGGAGAGGGGGACGGCUCGUCCAGCCACAGCUCCGACAGCAUCGACUUCUUCAGGGCCAGAGAAAAGUUCCUGGUCUUGGCUCCGGAGGCGGGGUGUCGGGGGCAACAGAGAAGCGAGUCACUUGAUAGUGAGGACAGAGAGCUGGAGGUCAUGGACCAAGAGGAGAGUGGAACUGACACGUCGCAGUCUGAAGGGUGUGACGACCAGAGCCGAGCCCAGGACAACGGAAUAUCAGUUCGCCAUAUCGUCACCGAGAUCGAAGCCAUAUCCCAUCCGGUGUCUUCCCCCGCCACCCCUCCGUCGCCUUCGUCCCCGUGUCACCUGGUCAUAGCGGAGCAGGAAGGUGACGCCCCCCGCGGGUGUCCGACUCCACCGUCUCCCUCCAUGCUCCCGAGCGACUGGCCGGCCGGUUCCGUGCGGCGGGCCACGGAGCAGCUGGAGCAGAAGCUGAGGCAGGAGAUGGAGCUGUCGCAGCGCUCGCCGCUGCACUCCCCGAGCACCGAACACCCGCCUCUCCGCUUGUCCUUGAGCUCCGAACAGCCGGCGCAGAGUUCUCCCGAACAGCGUAGCUCUCAGGGAGAGGACAAGUUCAAAGAGCCUCGGAAGCAGACCGAGUGUCAGCGACUCAGCUGCUCAGACUCACUCCCCGACUCCACAAAUGCUGAACCCCUCACUGUGCACAGGCCUCUGGAAAGCCAUAACCUGACUGUCAAAGCCACUGUUGAUACCUCAGACAUCCCUGGAAGCCAGUCCAGUCAGACCCGACCCGGCCUCAUUUGCCUAGGUGGAGUCACGGCGUCUGAGUCGGACACAGACGCUCAUGGAGGGUCCAGCGGCUGCAGCUCCAGCUGUGAUGCGCAGAAGAGACUGACCCGCAGCAGCCUGGAGCUGGAGAGAGUCCAGCAGACGCUGAGAGAGCUGCAGGCCUUCCUUCAUGAAGGUGUCAGCCUGGAGAGCUCUGCCGCCGGAGACCAUGACAAGGAGAAGCCCCAAGGCUCCAGAGACUCCAUGGACACUGAGCCAGACGCUUGCGGAGGUUCUGACAAGAGACUCAGAGAGGGCAGGAGUUUCCUGGAGUCAGAGGGCUGGCGCCGAGCCGUGGAGCUGGAGGCUCGGCUGCGGCAGGCCGGCCUGACGCCCCCGUCUCACAUGAAAAGGUCCGCCUCUUUGGCCAAACUAGACUGUCUCAAACUGUCCGCACAUGACCUCAGCGACCUGGACUUGAGCCCCCGGAACAGGACUCUAUCAGUCGACUCACCCGACUCGCUCACCACGUCUCCAACCCACCAAGACGACUCCUGGAAGAAGCAGAAAGUGUUUCCUCAGAGCAGCAGUCCGCCUCCUGAAGACUCGCCGCCACCGCCGCAUUGCUCACCGCAUUGCUCGCCGCAUUGCUCGCCACAUUGCUCCACUAAAGACGAAAAAGGUGAGCGGGAGGAGCCGGACGGCGGCGGGACGCUCGCGGCCUUACCUCGCCAGCAGGGCCGCGGCCACUCCAGGCGCUCGCGCAAGGCAUCCGCUGAGAAGAAGCUGCGAGCCGCCUCUGCAUCGUACAACACCAUGUGAAGCAGCCCAGCUGUGGACGCGGUGUUUGCAUGUUUAUCACUGGAUGUGUUUCAACUGGAGUUUUCAGCUGUUCCUGUCUAAGGUCCGAACUGUGACUGAGCCUGCGAGUUCGGAUGCCAUGUCCCUUUCUUUCUUUUAUCGUUUUUUUUAAUGGUUCAGGGCCCCUCCCGCGACUCGGAGGGGCCUCUCCUCCAAACAUGCACUUUACUGUCUUUACGUGUUUCUUAUCCAAGUGGAGAAUUCUUUUGCACUGAUUUCAGUUCUUUUUUUGUGUUCUUUAAAUGGACGUUGUAAUCGAACUGUGGCGAAUCUGAUGUUUGUAUCCAUGUUUUUUUCAUUCAGCGCUUUAACAGGUAAUAAA